AUGGUACAAAGCCAAUUGAUUUCUUUUCGUUUGAUCGUAAAUCAUCACUGGUCCGAAAUGCCUGCUCACCCCCCUGGUGGCUGCCUCCCCGUCGGACAGCUGGCCCCUCUCUUCAGGGGUAGACGAGAGGGUCCAGACCAGACUCCAGAGUCAUUUUUUUCUCGUAGGCGCCGGCUGAUGGUUGCAUCAGCAGCAUUGGCUGGUUGUGCUAAACUGCUACAGCAUAGCAGGGAACAGACGGCGACUCGCCAGUGGACCACAGCUUCACGUCGUGGGUCUCACUGGAAGAGCGUGUCAUCAGGCCCGAGUCAGUUCCUCGUCUAUUGCAGAUAUCGUAUCCAAGGAUGUUCCACCCUGGUUCACGCUGUUGCACCGAAAACACAUUCCAGCCUCUCACCACAGCCAGCCAGUCAGACUGAAUAUCAGCCUGGCGGCUUCCCCCUAAUAGGGAGACGGUCCGAAAUCAAAACUAUUUAUCGACAGAUUAUGUAA